CGCUCCCAACCGACGGCUGAACCGGCAAAGCAGCCUUUGCAAACGCGACCAGCACAGAGUGCUGAGGUGCUUCUUCCUGAAGCAUGGAAGCAGUCUCUGCCCAAGGAGUAGCACGAGUGGAUCGCCAGGGCUCUGUUCAUCAGGAACAGGAUUGGGAAGCUGGAGCUGACCUCGGACCUGCGUCUCUGGUGGUUCCCUCCCCAGCCCCGGCUGAUCCACAAUCAACCUCCAGCAUCGCCAGGCCCCUUCUGCCUUCCGCUGUUUCUCAGGAUGCCCGACCGCAUGUGGGCAUUCAAGCUGACGUGCACCUAGCCCGAGUGCCUCGGCCACAAGCUGACUGGCGCAGGCUGUACAAGACCGUCCGGAGGGUCUUGAGCAUCGACGACUGGUACGACAUGGCCAUGGUGUACCUGGAGUGCCGUUGGUGCAAGAAGAAAGUGGCUGGCUGGUCCGGUCAUGUGCUGAACCAGCUGGAUCCAGCUCAUCGGAGCCACUUCCCAGCGAUUCUCACGUACCGGCUGUCUUGCGACAUGAGUGCUGAGGCUGAUGCGGGAGCGCACUCUGGGAAACAGUGCCACCCAGCUGUACAAUAUGCUGUGCAAACAGCACAGCGAGGCCUGGAUGCAGCGGUCCCUGCAGUACCUCACCGAGUUCGGGCCCUUUCUGGCCCAGGGAAUCGUGCAGCCCAACAUCGCACCCCUUCCCAUGCUGCCGGUGCCCAGACUCCGAUGGCUGCUGAGAGUGUACGGCUACGACGUCCUCUCGUGGCUGGAAGAGGUCAAGGCCGGGGUCACCUCCACGUUCGGGUCCAUCCUGAAAAUGGACUCGACCAAGAAGGUAAAAAUGAUUUGUUAACCUCAUAUGUUUAUACAGAACAUUUACACAUCAAAUUAUUGUUUAAAAAACCAAACAAAAAAAAACCCACUAAAUUCUGUUGAUUUUGUAUGUGCUGCUGCCGGCAUGGCUGCCUGGUCCACCGACGUGGGGAACGAGUUUGUGCAGGUCCUCAUGUCCAUGCUGACCUCGCACGAGGGUGAGGGCCUGCUCCCCAUGGCUGCCGGGCUGAUGCAGCGGUACCAGAAAGAGAAGGGUCUGGACACGAUGGGCAUCCCACUGCUGGACCACGACUGCAUCCAGGCCAUCUAGCUGGUGUAGAGACAUCCCCUCCACUGCAUCCAGGACCCCCCAGGUGUACAACUGUACACCAAGAUCGGGCAGCUCAUGAAGGGAGGCGUGACGCUGCCGAUCUACUGCUGCGCGUGCGGGUCGGCUUCCGUGAAGUCUUUCCAUCUCCAUCUCAGCCGCUUCAUCCCGGUAAAUAACCAAUAUUGACGUGUACUGUAUGUUUUGGGAAGCUGUGUCGUGGCUGCAGUCUGGUUGAGGAUUUCACCAAGCCUUGCGAGUAUACAGGUAUGUAA